AGUACUAAAAGGACAGAACCGGCCCAAUCCACAGGACCGUGUGGUGACUCUGUAAAAGACUGGAACUGGCUAGGGUUUUCUUUAGUUUCUAGAGAAGUGCAGCGGCUUGUUUUUGCGUUGGAUCGUCCGCAGCGAAAAUGCCUUCCCACAAGACGUUCAGGAUCAAGAAGAAGCUUGCCAAGAAGAUGAGGCAGAACAGGCCCAUCCCUUACUGGAUCCGCAUGAGGACUGACAACACUAUCAGGUAUAAUGCAAAGCGCAGGCACUGGCGCCGCACCAAGCUCGGAUUUUAAGUUGGAUGGACGACCCUUGCGUUCUAGGUUUUUUAGUGUAAUCCUUAAUAUUGAAACAUUGUAGCUUCUGAGUGUUUUUGUCAUCGUUUAUUUCUCAUUUUACAAUUGCUUAUGAUUUUUACUACAAAUGUGAAACUGUGAUGGAUAUUUUAAUUUUGAACGAGUUGCCGUAUUUUCUCUUCA